UGGCACAUUACUCCCUCGCCGUCUCUUCUCUUCUCUUCUCAUCUCUCUCGCUCGCUAUGCCGCAAGCCACUUCCGCAUCCUGGACCUUGUAGAAGCGCAAGGAAUCAGAGCGGGAGUUUGAGGAGCAAGGGAGCCGGUCUUCAAGCAGUCGCUGCGAUGGCAUCGGCUACGUGCGUCACCAGCGGGGUUACCGCCAUGUCCCAGUUGGGUUCAACCAGCUCUGCUUCCACGCUGAAUGCCUCGCCUCGAGUGACCUUGCCCAUUUCCAAUUGCUUUGGCCACCAGCACGCUGUCUCCAGUUGCAGUCAGCAGAGUUCGAGUUUAUACGGUGAAGCCAGACUGGCACUGAAGUGUUGCUCAAGGAAGCAAACUUUACGGAUGCAUGGUCGCAAUGCCGUGGUGGCCAUGGCUGCGGGCACGGAUACAACCGAGGGAACUAUUCCUAGUCUCAAUGAACUGCCCCUGAUCAAUUUCAUCAAUCAACAAGGGCGCAUUCAACCCCCUGUCGAGCUUAACACAGCCGCAUCUGUUUUUGCAAUCUGUGAUCAAAACAAGAAAAUUCAGUAUAUUGGAUUUUCGAAAGACGUGCGAAAUUCCCUACGGUUGCUGAUGGGCAGGCGUCCUGACAUGUGCCAUUACUACAAGCUCUACAACUUGAAUGAGUUGGAUCAGAAGCAAAUGCUUGCUUGCCGGCAAUCGUGGUUUUCGGAACUCGGGUUAACACCACCUGGAAAUACAGAUCCAUUUCAGAAAUCUCUUUGGGAACAGCCUGGUGAUGCAGGUUCUAUUUCUGAAAGGGGAAGGGCCGCAGCCGCAAUGGCAAAGGCAAAAGUAAAUUUACAAAUGAUGGCCGACCGAGGCUUGAAAGAGGAGAUGGUGUUUGACCCUCAAUUACUGGAGGCCGGAAAGUGCGAUGUUUUACCGUCAGAGGAUCAGUCUGGUGAAGAAUUAGCACAAGCAGAAAAGGAACUUGCCGAGGCUGCAGCACGGAGAAGGAUGUGCAAGGUCAAAGUACCAAACGGUGGAGAAAUUGUUUUUGAGAUUAAUGUUGAGGACAAAUGGGUGACAAAUGGAGGAUGGAUAUAUGACAUUCUCGUUAGCAAAGACGACAAGGAGACUGUGCAUAGGGUGGUGGUCGGGAAGAUAUAUCCGACAGCUGUCAAUAUGAAUGAAGAUGACUUUCUAGAAAAAGUGAUGGGUUUCUUGUUGUACAAGAGGAUCCCAAGACACACUGAAGGCUUGCUCACUGGUGACAUGUUCCCAAUAAACUACUUCUCAGUGUCUGAAGUAUCGCAGCAGUUCACUGAUUUUCAGGAUUGGUUUAAGGAUGAGUUACCUGAUAGCUACUGGCGAUUCAACAAAAUCCACUCGUACGGAGCCUCAAUAGAUGAGCCCCCUCUACUUGGUCCAGCUUUCUCGGGAUAUUCUGAAUCGUGAGAGUGAUUUUCAACUCAAUUCUGCAGGUAGGUAUGGCACCAGUUUAAGCUGUUCAGGGGCUCCAGCUGAGAGGUAGACAGAGAACUUCCUUCGUGGUAGAAACUUUGAUCUCACACAAAGUUUGUGGGUCGCAUGAGAACUUUAGACCAACUCUUGGCCGGAGUGCAACGUGGCGACGAUCCAUAUGAAUAUUAGAGGGUGGUACCCAGUGUAACUCUGAUCUGUCGAGUUGUAAGUAGGCUGUACCUGAGGGUUGACAACUCGGAGUUACUCGAGGUUUUUUUUUUUUUUUUUUUAACAGAAGUGAAAUCUCUUAUUGUCUUGACAAUAUGAAACAAUGCUAGCCUUGAUCCGCAAUCUCAGUUUUUGUGUUAUUUUUUUUCUUUA